AUGGCCAACCCCACUGUGUUCUUCAAUAUCUCCGUCAACGGCAAGUCCUUGGGCCGCGUCUCCUUCGAGCUGUUUGCAGACAAGGUUCCAAAGACAGCAGAAAACUUUCGUGCUAAGAGCACUAGAGAGAAAGGAUUUGGUUACAAGGGUUCCUGCUUUCACAGAAUUAUUCCCGGGUUUAUGUGUCAGGAUGGUGACUUCAUACACCAUAAUGGCACUGGCGGCAAGUCCAUCUACAGGGAGAAAUUUAAUGAGAACUUCAUCCUAAAGCAUACAGGUCCGCGCAUCUUGUCCAUGGCAAAUGCUGGACCCAACACAAAUGGUUCCCAGGUUUCCAUCUGCACUGCCAAGACUGAGUGGCUGGAUGGCAAGCAUGUGGUCUUUGGCAAGGUGAAAGAAGGCAUGAGUAUUGUGGAGACCAUGGAGCACUUUGGGUCCAAGAAUGGCAAGACCAGCAAGAAGUUCACCAUUGCUGACUGUGGACAACUCUAG